AUGGACUCUAAAUCUACUAUUGGCGUCGAGUUCGCCACUAGAUCUUUACAAGUCGAUCAAAAGACUAUAAAAGCUCAAAUUUGGGAUACUGCUGGUCAAGAACGCUAUAGAGCUAUCACUUCUGCUUACUACAGAGGUGCUGUCGGUGCUUUACUUGUUUACGAUAUUGGUAAACAAUCUAGUUUCGCAAACGUUGAACGCUGGUUGAAAGAGUUAAAAGAUCACGCCGAUUCAAACAUUGUCAUCAUGCUCGUUGGAAACAAAUCAGACUUGAAACACCUUCGAGCUGUACCAACCGCAGAAGCUCAAUCCUUUACAGAGGAAAAGUCUAAAUUAGAAGACGGUACACCUUCUUCUAACCCAAUUAGAUUCAUUGAAACUUCAGCCUUAGAUUCCACAAACGUUGAAUCUGCUUUCCAAAAUAUUUUAACUGACAUCUAUCAAUUAGUCGCAACUAAAGCUUUAGAAGGUGGCGAUUCAAUUAAACCUUCAAAUGGAGAAACUAUUACCGUGACACCAACUUCUGACAAUGAAACAAAGAAAGAUGUUAAUCAGCUCUUGAAAUUGAUUGAAUUAGAAUCUGGUGGAUUGAAUAAGGUUAUCAACUUUUACGGCGUUCUUGGUUUUAUCAAGUUCACGAAGUUCCCUUAUCUCAUUCUCAUCACUAGAAGAUCCCCUGUUUGCUUAUUAGGUGGUCAUUACAUUUAUCACGUUGACGAUACUCUAUUGAUUAACUUUUCCCCAAAAAAGUCGUUUUUGGGAGGUAAACUUGAGUCUAAAUUGCUCAAUACGUUCAAACAAGUCGACUUAAGUAAGAACUUUUACUUUAGUUACUCUUACGACUUGACAUGCUCUUUGCAAUCUAACUUGACUUCCAAUCUUCCUUUCAAUUUCUUUCAUUUCAACGAUCGCUUCAUUUGGAAUCAUCAUCUACUCACUCCCAUCUUGAAUCCAAAUCAUUUACCAAAGUCUUCUUGGAUUCUACCAAUCAUUCAUGGCUUUGUUGAUCAAUCUAAAUUAAUUGUCUUCGGUCGUGUCAUCUACGUCACUUUGAUCGCUAGAAGAUCUCGUCAUUAUGCCGGUGCCAGAUACCUAAAAAGAGGUUCAAAUGAAUUUGGACACGUAGCUAAUGAAGUCGAAUCUGAACAAAUCGUCUCUGAUACCUUAACUACACCCUUCACUUCACAGAAUUUGGAUCACAAAAUUAAUCCUAAUUUUACUUCAUUCUUACAAUAUAGAGGUUCUGUACCUUUAUUUUGGAGUCAGGAUCCUCAAAUGGGGCUGAAGCCUAUGAUUAACAUUGCACCUGUUGAUCCUUACUAUCGUAACGCUGCUAUUCAUUUUAAGAAUCUCUUCCAACGUUACGGCUCUCCAACCUUUGUUUUAAAUUUGGUAAAGUGUCGCGAACGCGUGCCAAGGGAAUCAAAAUUACUUCAUAGCUAUAAUGAGUGUAUUCAACACCUUAAUCAAUUUUUAAGUCAAGAUAACAAAAUCAAAAUGACCUCGUGGGACAUGUCAAGAGCAUCUAAAUCUAAUCAAGAUGUCAUAGGAUUCUUGGAAAAUUUUGCCAUUGAUUCCAUUCAGAGUACGGGGUUUUAUCAUUCCAAAAACGAUCAGCGGCAAUGUGGCAUAACUAGAACAAAUUGUGUUGACUGUUUGGAUCGUACGAAUGCUGCACAAUUUGUCAUUGGAAAGGUGGCUUUCACUCAUCAAUUGCACGCUCUCGGUAUUAUUGAGAAGCCUGCUCUUGUACAUGAUACUGAUGCUGUCAAUAUGCUUACUGAAAUGUACCAUGAUCAUGGUGAUACGAUUGCUCUUCAGUAUGGCGGAAGUGCGCUCGUUAAUCGAGUGGAAACUUAUCGCAAAAUUAAUCAAUGGAAUAGUCACUCACGUGAUCUCGUUGAAAAUAUUAAGAGAUACUACGCAAAUUCUUUAUUAGACGCUGAUAAGCAAGCAGCCAUAGAUUUAUUUCUUGGACAAACUUCAUCUUCAGUUUCAUUUGAUUCUCUAACCUCGAUUCCUUUGCCAUCAGCAGAAUUUUUUAAAAUUGACCAAGACAAUAAUAUUAAAGAGACAAAAGAUUUGGAGUAUCAGGGUAAAAGCAAAGCUGAAGCUCAUUUGUCUCAUGACUAUUGGCAGCAUUUUUAUCGACCUAGACUAUUUACAUCCUUGGAGAGACAUUUCUCUACAAACAUGAACAGUACACUGAAAUAUCUACCCAAAAAUCUUAAAAAUCGAAAAAACAUGUCGCCAUUUCAAACUAUAAAGACACCUCCAAGUACUCCAACUAGAUCAUUUGCGCCCGUAAAACGAUGGAUGAGUUUGCAAAGUAUACCCUCAAGCAGAAGAAAUAGUUCUAUUGGUACUAUAUCUGAAGUUGAUGCUGUCAAUGACGAUAACGGACAUCACAAUCACGAAUACGAAUCUUGCAUUGAUGUUGGAGAAAUGAUCGAGGAAAGAAUGCGAGAUAUUGAUGAUCAUCAGUUAGACAUUAUUGAUGCUGUUCAACAAGCAAUCGAUCCAAAUGUUGAUAGCAAUGAAAUAAUAAUAUAUCAGGAGUAG